CUCCUCCACCUUGUUUUUCCCUCUCUUUCUUUCAAAGCCAACCCUAACCCUGAUUCUCCAUUCAACAAAGAAAAAAAGGUACGGGCAAAAAUGCUUGAACUAAGAUUGGUCCAAGGGUCUCUUCUCAAGAAGGUGUUAGAGGCGAUCAAAGACUUGGUGACCGAUGCCAACUUCGAUUGUUCGGCUACUGGGUUCUCCCUGCAAGCAAUGGACUCCAGCCACGUGGCGUUGGUGGCUCUUUUGCUCAGGUCAGAGGGCUUCGAGCACUACCGAUGUGAUCGUAACCUUUCCAUGGGGAUGAAUCUGGGCAACAUGUCCAAGAUGCUGAGAUGUGCUGGAAAUGAUGACAUCAUCACCAUCAAGGCUGAUGACGGAAGCGACACUGUUACUUUUAUGUUUGAAAGUCCCACACAAGAUAAGAUAGCAGAUUUUGAAAUGAAGCUGAUGGACAUUGAUAGUGAGCACCUUGGAAUCCCUGAGGCCGAGUAUCAUGCUAUUGUUAGGAUGCCUUCAAGCGAGUUUGCUAGGAUUUGUAAGGAUCUUGCCAGCAUUGGUGAUACUGUUGUGAUUUCUGUAACAAAGGAAGGUGUCAAAUUUUCCACUAGGGGAGACAUUGGAACCGCCAACAUUGUACUUAGGCAGAAUACCACAGUGGACUCGCCAGAAGAAGCAACAAUAAUUGAAAUGACUGAGCCAGUGUCACUGACUUUUGCACUCAGAUACAUGAACUCAUUUACAAGGGCGACUCCAUUAUCCAACACUGUCACAAUCAGCUUGUCAUCAGAUCUACCGGUUGUGGUCGAAUACAAAAUUGCUGAGAUGGGUUACAUCAGAUUUUACUUGGCACCCAAGAUUGAAGAGGAUGAAGAUGAGACUAAGCCUCAAAUUUAAUGAACAUAUUGACAGUCUGAAGGCUUAUUAUUCAUUGUUCAAUCAAGUUGUAUGAAGAGUGUUUCCUAAUGAAUUUUCAUUUUGAUGAACCAAGCAGUUGUAGUUUGGUAGAUAUAAAUACCCCUUGAAUGUGGCAUGGUUCUUUUUUA